GCAUAGCUGCUCACUGAGACGUGUCUAAGAGGUGCUGAGACAUUUUCGCGCACAUUCAUUUAUCUGAGAUUUGAAUGCACUGUCGUCAUUUAGAGGGCAUCUCCAACUUGCACCGAAGAAGCAACGCACAGGACACUUCAGCGGUCAUGGAUGUGAAGAAACAGCUGUUGUCCUUUACCCGCAUGUUCCUACCUUCUGUGGGAUUUGUGUUCACAUGCAUCGGAGGCUACCUGGUGUCCCAGCAGAACAGGCAAGGCUUUGAUCACAGGAUGGUCCCUGUUUACACCAUGAUCGUCUUCGGCUUCCUGGCCAUGUUCAUCGGGGUGUUCUGGAGCCUCUGUCACUCUAUGAGGAGCAAGAUGUACCACAGAAGAAGACACGACAGUGACAUCCAGAUCUUCACAGUUGAAAGCAGGCCGAGCUCCUUCCCUCCUCCGUACGAAGAGUUCCAGAGUCCCUGCCACGUCAGUCCGUGCAGCAUGCAUGAGGCGGUUGUAUCAGUUGAUGGAGUUCCCGUGGUUUUGGGUGUUGCACCUCCACUGUACACCCAGAACAGUUCAGAGAGUCCAGACUGCAGGUGGAGCUGGGAGCAACCACCUCGAUACAGUCAGGUGGUCCAUACUGAACAGAGAUAGAUGGAUGGAAGUGAGGAGAUGUUGCUUCCAACACAAAGGAGAAAUUGGUUUUUAAUCAACUUCCUCAGAGCGAGGACUACUAACUAGGAGAAGGUUCAUAAAAAACUGUGGACAUCACUAAUUUUGUGACUUUGCGCUACUGCAAAAUGACAUCAGCUGCUGUGUCAACACCAACUCUGCACUGUGUCAGGGGACACAAUUUUCUGGGACUUUAAAGACCUGUUGCAUCGGAACUGAAAUUUGUGUUGAAGUUACUUGAAUGAUUUUGCUUCUGGAUCAAAAAGCUUUUUUAUUUAGCUUUUUUUAACAGUCCAUCUUCAGAGCAAGUUGUUUGGUUGUGUAACAAGUAAGUCAGAGAACUGAAUACCUCUGUUAUGUUUGAGACGUUUUACAGAGUGAGAUCAUAAUAUUUUCUAAAGAUGUUGCACACUGUUGUAUUGCUUGUGUAAUAAUGUAUAUAUUGUUCCUCAUUUGUUCUUUUAUCAAGGCUCAAUAAUGUUAAUGUUUUUAUAUCUAUUUUCAAAUUUUUAUGUCGCAACACACUAAAAAUAGUUAAAUAGUCUUUAAUAAAUCCUGUUUCAUGUUAAACCUGACGUUGCUUUAAUUAAAACAAAUCAAGUCCCUUAUUAAGGCUACAAAUAAAUUCAUUUACACCAAGCUAACCUGUAAGUAAAACAAACAAUACAACCCAAAACAAAAUGCAAUAAAUAACAUAUAUUAAUUUUUUACUGAGCUUGCACUUAGUGU